GUACACCGCUAAUAGUCCUCCCCACCGCUCUCGACAACUGCUUGCUAUCAAAAUUCGCCCCAGCUACAUCCGAUACAUUGUAACAACAUAGUCGUUAUAGACGGGCUAAAAAUCGGCUGGCAGGAUUACCCUUGUGCAAUUAGGCUUCUCUCGUUCUCUACUCUAACCGUGCUGCCCAAUCUGUUCUUCGUCGACUACCUUGCUUCAAAAGUAUUCGCCGUCCCUCUUUCGCUAUGAGUACUACCUUGGAUUCCUCUACUUCCCCCAUCGACACUCGUCAGGCCCACGACGACAGGAUCCAGAGCCCGCCUGCCUUCCUGGACCUCGCGGAUUCGGCCGCGAGACUCGGUGGUAAUAUCCAGGACGUGACCGCUCAGCAACGCGCUCUGAAGCGUAUGGAACACGAGCGCCAGCGCGCCCUCCAGCGCAAGAUGUUUGAGGACCAGAUGCGCGCCCUCGAGCAGCAGCAGGCCAGAGAGCUGUUGACCAUCCCGAUCGAACAGCAGCACCUCGCUGUCUCGGCGCCUACCACCCCUCCGCGUGUCAACGCAGUGCUUAGCGAUGACCACUCGCCCACCUACCACUCGGCCCUCUCCAAGUCUAUUGUCGACGCGGACAUGCUGUCGAAGGCCGUUGGGAACGCGGACAAGCGUAAGUCUGUCACCUACGCGCCCUCCGUGAACCACUCUCCGGAGAUGCCCUCGGUCAACCAGUCGUUCGCUCGCCCGGGCGGCGCCAAGAGUAUGCCCGCCAGUCGCCGUACCUCCGCUAGCGAGCACGAUGAGGAGCUUGCCGGCCACCUGCAGGGACUUUCGCUUGCUGGCGAAAGGUCGGAGCGCAUGUCGACGCAAUCCGGCGUGAUCCCGCAGUCGAUCCUCCGGUCGAACAGCGGCCGCUUUGGAGGAAAUGAUGGCCAUAGUUACGGCAACGUCUACAACGCUGGAAUGAUGCUGGAUGAGCAGCUGGAUCAGGAGAUGCACAACGCCAUGCGCCAUCUCCCGACAUCGGACGAAGACAAGUACUCCAACGGGUAUUCGAACAAGCAGAAGUCUUCGGAAUGGCCACAGUUCAACGGAAAUGCGCGUCUUCCCGACGGCAUGAACCGCGCGGAUCGCCGCAAUGUGACCAACCCGACGAUGACCUUGUCGCCCGCCCUGGGUGACCUGCAAGGGAAGCCGAACGGCACGGUGUCUGGUACUACGACGCCACUUCUUCAGCAGGUGUCUUCGGGCCUCGCGCAAGGCCUUUCUUCGCGCCGCGGUUCUCCACUUAGCCUUGGUGAUACGUUCUCAUCUAUCACCUCCGCCCGCUCUGUCCCCGCCACCCCCCUGCCUGGGAUGCCCGGUUCGGCUGGACAGCUCCAGAAGGCACCUGGUACUCCGCUCUCCGGUGGCGACCCGCACAACAUCAACGGCAUCCUGAGUGCCCAGAUGUCGCGUCAGAUGGGCGACGACAGCGACCUGAACCCGUCGCUCUCGCGCAUGCCCUCGGGUCAGUUCGACAACAGCCCUUUGAGCUUCAACUCGAUCCAGUCGGGUAUGGACGACCAGUAUUCUGGCGACAGUGUGUAUGGGUUGUCGGGAGGUAUGGACAAUGACCGUUUCAACUCGUAUGGGUUUGAACAGAACGGUCGCGGUUCUGCAGUUGGCGGUACUGGUUCAACAGCGCUCUACCACCACAACGGUGCGAAGUACGGCUUCAGCGUGAACGGUCGCCCUAGCCCGGCGGCAGUGGAUAGCAAGAUGAACGGGCUGCACGGUCCCAAGCACAAGCGCGGUGACAUCGACCGGGAAUUUAACCGCUUUGCUGGCACUCGGUUGGAGGACCUCGUGGGCGAAAUCCCCCAGUUGUGCAAGGACCAGCACGGUUGCAGGUAUCUCCAGAAGAAGCUGGAGGAGGGCGUUCCUGAGCACCGCGAUAUGAUCUUCCGCGAGACUUUCAGUCACUUCGCGGAUCUCAUGACGGACCCCUUCGGGAACUACCUCUGCCAGAAGCUGCUGGAGUACUCGACUGACGAGCAGCGCAACGUGAUUUGCGAGUCCGUCGCCCAGGACCUGGUCAACAUCUCUCUCAACAUGCACGGCACCCGCGCGGUCCAGAAGAUGAUCGAUUUCCUCUCUACGCGCAGACAGACUGACCUCAGAUGCAAUGGUCAGAUUCACUCCAUCAUCCUUGCGCUGAGCCUGCACGUCGUUGUCUUGAUCAAGGACCUGAACGGCAACCAUGUCAUUCAGAAGUGCUUGAACAAGCUGGCUCCGGAGGACAACCAGUUCAUCUACAACGCGGUCGCUGCGAACUGCGUCGAGGUCGCGACUCACCGUCACGGCUGCUGCGUGCUCCAGCGGUGCAUCGACCAUGCGUCUGAGCAUCAGCGCGUCCAGCUCGUCAACGAGAUCACGUACAACGCGCUGACGCUCGUCCAGGACCCUUACGGCAACUAUGUCGUGCAGUACAUUUUGGAUCUGAACGACAACCGCUUCAGCGAUGCUGUAAUCCGGCAGUUCACCGGGAACGUGUGUGCCCUUUCGGUGCAGAAGUUCAGCUCGAACGUGAUCGAGAAGUGUGUCCGAGUUGCGGAGCACAACACUCGCAAGAUGUUGAUCGGCGAGCUGUUGAACCGAACGCGCCUGGAGAAGCUUCUCAGAGAUUCCUAUGGCAAUUACUGUGUCCAGACUGCAUUGGAUUACGCGGAGCCUGCCCAGCGCGCGCUCCUCGUCGAGGGCAUCCGCCCGGUUCUGCCGCUUAUCCGGAACACGCCGUAUGGCAAGAGGAUCCAGAACAAGCUGCAGCGGGAGCACAACGACACGUACGGCGGCGGCGGAGGCGGCGGCGGCUACCAUCACAACCAGCAGGCGCUGGUCAACAUGGCGCUCGGCAAUCAGGGCAUGGGAGGCAUGGGCCACGCCGCGCACAGCGGAGGCCGCCACAUGUCCCACCUCCAGGCCGGCGCUCUCGCGGACGCCUACACGGCGCAGAACGGCCUGUAUGCGCUCCAGGGCGGCCCUGCGAUGCAUGCGCCGCUGCACGGCGGGCUCCAGUCGCACCAGAUCGACAGCUACGUGAUGCAGGGUUCGAACAACCACAGCCCGGGCCUCACGCCGCCGCAGAGCCACGCCGGCGCGUUCUCGGGCAUGUCGUCGUACGGCAGCGUCAACUCGUUCCCCGUCAAUGUCGCGGACCCCUACCAGCGGUCGUUCGCGUACGGCAUGUAAUCUGGCCCCGCUGCUCUCUGUCCCUCGUCUGUGCUCUUUCCAAGGUUCCCAAGGUCUCUAGCGUCAUCGUCAUCUCCGUCUCGAAACAACGAAAACAAGAACAAGAACAUCAACAUCAUAUGCAUACCUUCGUCGCUCCUUUGGCCUGCCCCCCGUAAUCGCCCCCGCGCGCCGCGGGGCCAUCCCGCGGCGUGCGGGAUUAUACCUAUGCUGGCUUGCUAUGAACUCUGUUCAGUAUCCUGGCUCCCCUCGCCCCGUCUACCCCGCCCGCCCGCCGGGCGCCAUGCAUUCUGGGCACCCCAUCAACUAUAUUACCAUCCACGCGCAAUUGUAUUUUGCACAUCCGCAUCCACAGGUGUUUCGUCAUAUAUAUCUCGCUCUUCUCGCUUUCCCGCCUCCCCUCCUCCUUCCCUUCCCCCCUGCCCCGCCCUGCCCUUUCUGCGCCGUCCUCGCCUGGGACGGCGGGGUGUGGGGAGGGGGGACGUCUCCGUCGCCUCGAUAUCAUCUACUCGAACCUUUUAUAUCUCUCUCGUUGCUGCUUGCAUUGCUCCGCGCCCCCCGACACACCCAUUUGUACUGCGUACUUUUUCACACGUGUACAGCGUACCUUUGCAACCCACCUCUCUCUCCC